CUUGCUCUGAAAUGAUUCAGAAUGGAAAUUUUGUUAAUUAAAUACGGUCUCUGCUAUGCUCCCUGAGUAAUGAGAAGUUGGUUUAUAUUUAAGAAAUAUUAUUGCCACUCAGAAUGAAGAACAAUAUCUGGGUUAUGUCAUUUGAAUAAAUUGAAGAGUUUGGAUUUUUUUCCCUGAGAGAUAAGUAGAUGGGGAGGGGUGAAUAGGGGAUGAGAGAGCCAUGGGAGCGGUGCAAUUUCAUUAAAAAAAUAUUUCUUCAUUCCGCCAAAAAAUAGCGCUAUUUCGCUUCUUAUGAGUACAUCUGGUACCCAUUGCUAUCUUUUCCGCUCUAAUUAUCAAUUCUUUAAUCUCCUUUGAAUAAUACAGUCUCGCAGUUUAAUGAAGCAAAAUUUUUCAAAAAGGCAAGGACUUUUUGUUUACAUUUGGGAGUACGGUGAUACGUUAUAAAAGAUAUUACCAAGCAUUUGAACAUAUGCAAACCCUGGAUUGAUGAAACAAUUUCAUUAAAGAUGACAUUUUGGAAUAACGAAACCCAAAUAUUGACAUUCGAUCAAAAUACACGAUUGCGAUUGUAGAUACAAGUGUUUCAGAGGAGUACAGGUGAAUAAUGAAUGGGACUCGUGAUUUUAUAAGCGAGAAGAAAUUAGUUUCUGAUGCAAUGUGUGUAGCCGUCUCGGCAAAGAGCGUUCGCCCCUGGGAAUUGAAUAAUUAAUUGUAUUGAAGAUGUUAAUUUGGGGAUUUAUUGUAUUCUGUGUGCUGAUAGCAGAUGCAGCCCAUGCGAUUCAUACAGAGAUGACUCCGGAGGAAAGACUUCACGCCUUCCACACACAUGGGGAAGACGUACAAAAGUACGAGAUUGUCCCGAUCCAUUGGCCGCGGCUCCAGAGGAGGGGAGCAGAUGCUGGAACAGGAAUUCGCAUGAAGGCUUUCGGAGAGGACAUAAAGCUAUGGUUGUCACCUACGGAGGGGACUCUUGUGGGACACGAUACUCCCGUGUAUUCUCUUGAGCAACGAACUUCCGGUCCUCACUUCUUGCGACACAAGAAUGUGAUAAAAAAUUUGGAAUACUACGAAGACCUGAAGAAGUCUGCAGUCGUCGUUGUGAGUCGAACAGCUGAGAACACUCGAAGAAUUGUUGGCACAGUCGGGUCGAGGAACUUGAUCAUCGCCCCAAUUCCGGAGCGCCUCAUUAAGAAAGUCAGAAGGCAACGACAAUAUGUUGACAAUAUUUCUGAGACUGAACGAGAUGAUCAUCAUUAUCAUAUCGUUUAUAAAAAGUCGUUGGCUAGAGGAAAAGUUCAAUAUCUGAAAGCACCAAAAGUGAAUAGUCCUCCAGCACAACCAUCUUCAAUUCCCGAUGUUGUAUAUCCUGAGGUGUUGGUUGUUGUGGCUAACGAUCUCCACGAAAAAUUGGGUGGAACUAUUCCCCAGACAGUGGCUUACAUGAUAGCAUUCUGGAAUGGGGUUGAUCUGAAAUACAGAAGCUUGGAGAAUCCUAAAUUCAGGCUUAAUAUAGCAGGAAUUGUUGUCAGCAAGGACGAUAAAGCCCUCACUUAUAUAACUCAACAUAAAUACAGAGGUGAAUCUCUGAUUGGUGAUGACGUAUGGCGUGCGAGUGGUGAUUAUUGGCUUGCGCAGGAAAAUCAUAUUCCGUUCGACAGCUAUGAUGUACUCGUCACUAUAACUUCGCAUCCGAUCUGUCGAUAUGAUAAGGGAACCAACUACUGCAGACCUGGAACUGAUGGGCUUGCGAUGAGUGGAGGAGCGUGCAAUGUGAGAAAAGUUUAUCGAGCAGCGAAUACUAAAGUAUCGCUUGUUAGAGACUUGGGUGGAUUCGAUGGUAUUCAUGGAGCUGCACAUGAACUCGGUCAUUUAUUCGGAGCCGAGCACGAUGGCACGGAAAAUACAGAGUGUUCCAUGGCAGAUGGCCAUAUUAUGAAUCCUACUAUUCCAUUCAGCAGAUCUCCAGACUGGUCAAACUGCACUCUAAAGGAUUUCCAGAGGUUCCUCAAUAAAAAUCCAGUUUGUCUGUACAACAACCCCAUCCAGAGAAGUGUCCUGCCACGGUAUCUCCCUGGAAAGUUCAUGGAUGCAGACGCACAGUGUAUGAAAUUUGUCGGGACCAAAGCAUGUACCGUUGACUACAGAAUAUGUGGAAGAUUAGGUUGUGUCAUUGAAGGAGAUGACAAAUUCUGUACACAAAUACUAGGCGGUGCUGCUGAUGGCACAAGCUGUGGACCUGAUCACAUUUGCUUACAUGGACGAUGUAUUGAGGAAUCAAGCAUUUGGCAACAUUAGUAGCUCUAUUGUGAUUUUAGAUUGAUUUGCAUGAUCAUAAAUGGAUUGGAACAUGUGUUUCCAACUGUAAAGGGA